AUGUCUCCUCGCCACUACAAGCACGUCUUCCUGGGCCUCUCCGCCCUAGCUGUCAUCCUUCUGUGGGGUAUCAGCCUCCUGAAUGGAACCGUCACUGCCUUGUUCAAGGCCGUUUGGGCGGCACAGCUUAGUCCUCUCGUGCCGCUCGCCAACGAUUACACUGGACUUCCCUUGAUCGACUAUCCUGUUGCUCUUCUUGUCGCUUUCUUCUUCCAUGGCACGAAUGGUUCGGACGAGGCUUAUCAACUGUUCCUCCUCGAUGCUUAUUCCACAUUACAGUCAGCCUUUGUGUGGAUCUACGUUGAGAGUUUCCGUGACGAUUAUCAGUCACUUUCACUCCUUAACCAAGUUAUCCAGGCACAUCAGCUCGGCCAGGCCCGAGCACUACCUUUUAGCUUCCUUCUCGGCGCGAUUGUUCCAGCUCUUGUCGGUAUGGCUCCCGUAUGGCUAGGCCCGGACGCUCGCUCCGCGAGGCAACACCAAGUCGUUCUCGCAGCGUGGCAACCCGAUCUGGUCUGGGUCUCUGUUUUGCAGAUGGCUGGAAGCAAGAUCGUGUCGUAUUGGUGGCCUCCCCGCCGUACCACCGAUGCCAAGUCCGCAGUCAGGCGGUGGGUCCUCGCGGCUUACCUUCUUUCCGCCGCGGUGUCUGCCUCGGGUCACCUCUACACUCUUGUGUGCGUGAUGAGCAGAGAGGAAGAGUCUACCAACCUCUGGCGGAUGUACGUGCCUCUGCCCGGAUUCCUUCAUGGCCCGGACGGACCCGCCGCCAACGUCUUGAAGCGGGGCCCGUGGCUAUUCCUACAGUACGACCUCAUUAUCAUCAGCCUGUCUAGCCUCUUGUGGGCUUACAGCAUUUUGUCAGCGCACAAAAGCACGUCCGAACCGCCUAAGAUCCUGGCUCUCCUUUUUGGAGCGUUUGCGGUUGGCCCCGGAGCGACGGUUUCCUUCAUCUUGUACACAAGAGAGCGGAACGGAAACGUGAAGAAAAUCCCGCAGUAA